AGGUAGGCAGGGCUCUAAAACUGGAUACACCUGCGCUACGGGUAUUUUACAGUACAUGCCUACCUCAGCGAAACCAGGCGAACCCAUCAUAUUUCAUUCUGCCAAGGAACCUAAAAUAUUAGCUAUCUCUCGGCGCAAUGAGUAUGGACUAUAGACUUUGUGAACUGGCAACGGUGUCCUUGCACGUGAAUGACCUGGAGACUGACACUGGACUGGACGACCGUCCAAAACAGGAAGAUCGAAUAAGAAGUGAAGGCGAAGAGCCCAUUUUAAACGCCAAUGUCAUAGUUAAUGGUGAAUCGUCGACAAAACCUGUGCGCAAAUAUGUGGAGACCCCUGUAGGCAGUGGUGCAGACUCCGUAUCGGCUUCAGUAGAUGCGAAACUGUGUCCAGAACAUGAAUGUGAUCAACAGUUGUACUGUAAUACAGAAGGGAGACUGACAUGCUCGCAAUGUGUUUUGGAUGGAGCUUGUCGGGGUCACACAGUGACAGAGCUGGUUACCCGGGCAACUGGAGUAAGGAAUCAGUUGGUGGAUGUCUGCGAAAAAAUGCAGCUGCAAGCCCUGCGGAUUGAACGGUUCAUUGACCGUACGCUUACAGCCAGAGAGAAAGCUGUACAGAUUGAUGCAAACAGUGCUAGAGAACGAGUGCUGGCUCAGGUGAAAGUGGUGCGUGAGGCUCUGGAGGAAGAAGAGCAGCGUCUCCUAGAGGCCAUUCAGAGAGAAGAAGAGCGUGUUGAGCAGUGCCUUCUCACCCAGAGAGCACACUGGACACACACUCUGGAGAAACUCUCACAGGCACGCACCAGCCUGGUGCACUCACUCACACACUCCACAGAUGCCAUGCUUGUGAGCUCUAAUGAGGAAAUUAAUGACAGGAUUGAGGAUGCAGAGGGUGUUGGUGAACCUAGAGAUACAGAGCAACUGAGUUUGAACAGAGGCUGCAGUGACAGUAAACUCAUGGUGGGGUUAUGGGCCAGUGCAUUGCUGCUUGGGCCGUCUGCCCACAGUUCAACUAUGCUACACUUUGAAAAUCAAACGGUCAGUCCUCUUCUCUCCCUCUCCAACGAUCAGCACACCUUAUCUUUCCUGCCCAAACGUCAGCGUCAGUUACCCCCCUAUGACCCGGCGCGCUUCGACAGCUGGCCUAAUGCCCUCUGCUCCCCUCCCAUGUCUUCUGGUACUCAAAGCUGGGUACUUGACGUGGGCACGAGCGCCGCCUUCAAAGUGGGUGUAUGCUAUCCCAGCAUAGAACGCAAGGGGACCGGCAAUGGCGCACGGCUGGGCUACAACUCAAAAUCAUGGGUGCUCUCGCAUUAUGAUGAAGACUUUUCAUUCUGUCAUGAUGGGUGCAGUGUGAGUAUCGCAGUGGCUAAGAAGCUCAAGAGAGUGGGACUGCUGCUGGAUUGGCCCAGUCAGACCCUGCUGUUCUAUGAUCCUGAAUCUGUGUCAGUGCUGCAUGUUGUCAGACAUGCUUUCAGCGAGCCACUGUUGGCUGCCUGUGCUGUGGCUGAUCAGAGCAUCUCUAUAGUGCACUGAACACCGGAAGAAUGUUAAUAUGAUCUCGAGUAUACGUUAUGCAAUGUCAUUUGAACCAAUAUUUCAAAAAAAGUUUUACAUUACGUGCCACUGAAGACAUGCAGUAAAAAGAGAGAGUGUGAUAAUGUCAAUCACAUUGUUUGAUUAAAGAAACAAAUUAAUCAGAAGCUAAUCAUGAAUUCCUUGAUAAUGCCAACAUGUCUUAAAGAGCUACAACAUAUAUAGGCCUAAUUGAUAUAUUUGUAUAUUUAUGCAUGUUAAGUUAUUGAAACUUAAUUUUCAUAUGAAUUCUUAAUCUCUUUCAAAGUAUUUGUUUAUGUGUUGAAAUUAGUGCAAUAUUUAUUAUCUACAUUUCUUGUGAAAUCUGUUUGUCAACAGUACCCAACAUGGCUGAUUUUGAGUUUUCACAUGACCACUUGAGAUCAUGGCUCUGAUGUCGCUGCAGGAAACUCUGUUCUGUCCUUUUAUCUGAUAAUGUUAUAUAUUCAUGCAAUAAAAUGUGGACUGAAAUUGUUAAA